CAUGUCAGGGGCAUUUUCUUUAGUCGAGCACAGUAGUGAUAACGAGCAUCUCUCUCUCAUAUUCUCAUGGCGACGCUUCCCGACCUUCUCCCCUUCACUUCCCACCCCUUAUUUCCCGCCACAAUCAACGGCCGGUAUCGCUCCACGCCAUUCUCCUCCUUUCCGCCAUCUCCUUCAAAUCAAUACCGUCGCCGCUGCCGUACGGCAUUCCGAUGCUCGGUUGCAAAGCAAUCAACCAUCUCCCCGUCGAAAUCGGACAGCAGCGAUCCCUCCGACGUCCGGUCCGUCGACUGCGUCGUCGUCGGGGCUGGCAUCAGCGGCCUGAGCAUUGCGCAGGCCCUCGCCACCAAGCACGGGGACGUUGUCGCCGGAGACGUCAUAGUGACGGAGGCGAGGGACCGCGUAGGCGGGAACAUCACGACCGUCGAGAGGGAUGGGUACUUGUGGGAGGAAGGUCCCAACAGCUUUCAGCCGUCCGAUCCGAUGCUCACCUUGGCGGUGGAUUCUGGUCUCAAGGAUGAUCUUGUGUUGGGUGAUCCUAAUGCACCUCGCUUUGUAUUGUGGAAUGGCAAAUUGAGGCCAGUGCCCUCAAAGCCAACUGACUUGCCUUUCUUUGAUUUGAUGAGCUUUCCUGGGAAGCUUAGGGCUGGAUUUGGUGCUAUUGGCAUUCGGCCUCCUCCACCAGGUCAUGAAGAAUCGGUUGAAGAAUUUGUACGUCGUAAUCUUGGUGAUGAGGUUUUUGAGCGGCUGAUUGAACCAUUCUGUUCAGGUGUUUAUGCAGGUGAUCCUUCGAAGCUGAGUAUGAAAGCAGCAUUUGGAAAAGUUUGGAAGCUGGAGCAGAAUGGCGGGAAUAUCAUUGGCGGCACCUUCAAAGCAAUUCAGGAGAGGAAUAAAAAUCCCAAGCCACCUCGAGAUCCGCGUUUACCAAAACCAAAGGGCCAGACAGUUGGAUCUUUCAGAAAAGGGCUUGCUAUGCUGCCCAAUGCAAUUUCUAAGAGGUUGGGCGGCAAAGUGAAACUAUCUUGGAAACUGUCGAGCAUAAAAAAAUUGGACAGUGGAGGAUACACUUUGAUAUAUGAAACGCCGGAAGGAUUGGUUUCCAUCCAGACCAAAAGUGUUGUCAUGACUGUUCCAUCUCAUGUUGCAAGUAAUUUGUUACGUCCUCUUUCCAAUGCUGCUGCAGAUGCCCUCUCAAAGUUCUAUUACCCACCAGUUGCAGCAGUUUCUAUUUCAUACCCAAAGGAAGCAAUUAGAAAAGAAUGUUUGAUUGAUGAUGAACUUAAGGGGUUCGGCCAGUUGCAUCCACGCAGUCAGGGAGUAGAGACUUUGGGAACAAUAUACAGCUCAUCACUCUUUCCCAACCGAGCUCCACCUGGACGGGUGCUGCUUUUGAACUACAUUGGAGGAGCCACCAACACUGAGAUUUUGUCCAAGACUGAGAGCGACCUUGUGGAGAAAGUUGAUCAUGAUCUUAGAAAAAUGCUUAUAAAUCCGAAUACCAAGGAACCUCUUGUUCUUGGCGUGAGGGUAUGGCCGCAAGCAAUACCCCAGUUCUUGAUUGGCCAUCUCGAUGUUCUAGAAGCUGCGAAAGCUGCACUCAGAGAUGGUGGGUUUGAAGGGCUGUUUCUUGGAGGCAAUUAUGUCUCAGGUGUAGCCUUGGGCCGAUGCGUGGAGGGAGCUUAUGAGAGCGCUGUGGAAGUAUCAAAUUUCUUGGAAAAGUAUCUCUACAAAUAGAUAGGAAAAGGAAAUUUUCAUUUGGCGGAUUGGGCAAGCUCCAAUAUGGGAUAAAUGCAAUGACUUUGUCUGUUUCACCUUCUGAGAAUUCUCCUUUCCAAUUCCAAUGAAAUUUCCAGAAAUAUUCGAUUGUAUAGGAUUACGACCCUAGUUUCUGUUGAUGUAAUAAAAUUGGUUUUGUUUUGCAA